CACGCCCCAUUUAUUUAUUAUUAGCACCAUAAAUAAAAACAGAUAGCCGGUGGAAACUCCUUGCUCUCUCUCAGUCUCUCUCUGCCCCCAUAAUUCUCCUCCGGCAGAAAUCAUUCAUUAUAUUUGGGCCAUUAAACUUCAAACAAAAAAAAAGAGUUGAAAGAAGUGCUGUGAUAAUAUAUAUGGGGAACCAAUACCAAUCAGUGCUGGAGGGGCUGGUGAAAUCAAUAACGACGAGGGUGAAGAAACUGGGGAGGAAGAAAUCGGCGGGGGAAAAGCCGUACUCGAUGAUCGUCAAGACGAAGAGUGUGAAGGUGGAGAUCGGCAGCCGCAAGGCCCGCCGCCUCAUCCACAAGAAUCUCCAACAAGUCCCCCUUUCCUAGUUACCUACCCCCCUCCUCUAAUAACUGUUAAUUUAACCCCAAACCCUAAAUCCGCCGCGCCAAGCCGGCAACGGCAACGAACGGCGGCGAAUGCUCUGACGACAACGGCGCGGAAGAUUUGGUUUC